AGAAGAAGAGUGCGGCGGAGGGAUCCAGCUCCGGGUGCACUGCGGUUCGGGGAGGGAGAGAGUUCUUCUUCUUUGGCCAUCACUUUCUCUUUAUUUAUUUAUUUGCCCUAACGGGGGGCAAUUAAUUCCUUCCCCCUGCCCCCUCGUCCUUUGUGGCUUUAGACUUCUUCUUAUUGACUAUUUCGCCCCCUUUUUUUCUUUUUUACUGGGGGGUGUCCCCCCCAGCCCGUGUUAUUUACCCCCAGCCUGUGGUGGGCCGGGGGGGGCGCUGUGAGGAGGGAAAAGAUGUGGCGGUGACGGACGGGGCUUCCCUCCCAUGAAAGAAGAGGAGAAGAAAGAAACGAGAAGAGAAGAAGGAGGAGGAGGAGGAGUGGGGAGCAUCCCCGGCGACCCCCCCCUAUCAGGAGCGGGGUACCCCUGCAGCAGGUUUAGACUCUGAAAGAAGUUUUAACUCUGUGUAGAACAACGUGUGGAAGAGUUGCGGGAUUUGGGAAUUCAGGUGAGGAAACUGGAGAAAGGAGAAUGGAGCUUCAGACUCUUCAGGAGGCCCUAAAAGUGGAAAUUCAAGUUCACCAGAAAUUGGUUGCUCAAAUGAAGCAAGAUCCACAGAAUGCAGACUUGAAGAAACAACUCCAUGAACUCCAAGCCAAAAUCACAUCUCUAAGUGAAAAGCAGAAACUUGUUGUGGAACAGCUUAGGAAGAAUCUCAUAGUUAAACAGGAACUCCCAGACAACAAACUUCUUAUCCAGCCUCUUCUUCAGCUAGAAAGCAAACCGCCAACACCACAAGUGCAGCAGCAGCCACAUCAGAUACAACUACAGCAACUACAACCACAGUCAUUGUCACAGGCAUCUACAUCACCUCUUCCAGGCCUGAGUGGCACACAGACGGUGGCCACAGCCUCUAUGAUCACGGCAAAGACUCUACCUCUCGUGUUGAAAGCCGCUGCAGCAUCCAUGCCCACUUCAGUAAUGGGGCAAAGGCCAACCAUUGCCAUGGUAACUGCUAUCAACAGCCAGAAAGCUGUCAUAGGCUCCGAUGCCCAGAGCGGCGCAGUAAACCUGCAGACUUCUAAUAAGGUCACCAGUCAGGGAACAGAGACCUUUCAGAUAGUGGCAAAAAAUGCUGUUACUCUGCAGGUCCAAGCAACAUCGUCUCAGACUAUCAAAGUUCCCCAGUUCAUCCCACCCCCUCGGCUCACUCCUCGUCCAACGUUUCUUCCACAAGUGCGGCCAAAGCCAGCUGCACAAAACAUACCAAUCGCCCCCGCCCCACCUCCAAUGCUGGCAGCUCCACAGCUCAUCCAGCGGCCGGUUAUGCUUACAACAAAAUUGACGUCCGCAUCUCAGAAUUCUAUUCAUCCUGUACGCAUUGUGAAUGGACAACCCACGGCCCUUUCCAAAGCCUUCCCUACAGCACAGCUCACCAGUAUCGUGAUAGCAGCACCAGGCACGAGACUGGCUGCUCCACAAACUCUGCAGCUUCCAAAACCAAACCUGGAGAAGCAGACAGUUAAAACUCAGGUGGAAACAGAGAAGCCAACUGAAAGCAGUACGACCGUGCAACCUGCUCCCAAGCCAAAACGAGAGGAAAACCCACAGAAACUUGCCUUCAUGGUGUCGCUAGGUUUGGUAACGCAUGACCAUUUAGAAGAAAUUCAAAGUAAGAGGCAAGAAAGAAAAAGGAGGACAACGGCAAAUCCUGUAUAUAGCGGGGCAGUAUUUGAACCAGAGCGUAAGAAGAGUGCAGUGACUUACCUGAAUAGCACAAUGCAUCCAGGAACAAGAAAGAGAGGUCGUCCUCCCAAAUACAACACGGUCCUGGGUUUGAGCGCCUUGCCACCCACCUCCCCUCCAUCCAGUCAUCCUGAUUCCCCUGAAAGCGAAAAGACACAGAUCACAUAUAGUUUCCCUGCAAGUGUCCUGCCUGUGCCCCUGCCUAUUCCUUAUUCCACAGACGCUGAUAUCCAUGAGGAUUUUUGCAGCGUCUGCAGAAAGAGCGGACAGUUACUGAUGUGCGACACAUGUUCACGUGUAUACCACCUGGACUGUUUGGAGCCUCCUCUGAAAUCCAUUCCCAAGGGCAUGUGGAUAUGUCCCAAAUGCCAAGACCAGAUGCUGAAAAAAGAAGAAGCGAUCCCGUGGCCGGGGACGUUAGCCAUUGUUCACUCAUAUAUAGCGUAUAAAGCAGCAAAAGAAGAAGAGAAGCAGAAAUUACUCAAGUGGAGCACAGACCUGAAACAGGAGCGAGAGCAACUAGAGCAGAAAGUAAAACUACUCAGCAACUCCAUAACGAAAUGCAUGGAAAUGAAGAACAGCAUCUUGUCCCGGCAAAAAGACAUGCACAGCUCUCUGGACAAAGUGAAACGUCUUAUCCGACUCAUUCAGGAUAUAGACCUCACCAAACCUAUUAACUCAGAGGUGACCUCUAACCACAGCCAGGACUGCACCGCUACUGCCAACAGCCCCCCUCCCGACCCCAAUCCAGUCACAGCAUCCUUCCCAUCACCCAACUGUGUCCAGAACUGCAACCAGGCAGAAGAGACUAAGUGACCCAUUUGUUCUCCGCAAGGGUUCUCUGAAAAGAUAAGCCGCGUCUGAACGGUUCCUGGGAGGGACUGGACCAUAACCACGGUUACAUCCCAGGACAGAGACGUAAGCACUGGAGUUUUGCCAAUCAACCUUUUAUUCUGUGUGUUCCACGUGUGAGCUGGCGCGUCCUGCCAGCACCAUGCCAAGUGACAAAUAGAAACAAAUCUUUACUCUCUAUCUUACACCAGUGUGUGCCUGCAGCAGCCUCCGCAGCAACCAUAGAUAUCAAUCUUUAUUUUUUUUUUCUUCUUUCUUUCUUUGCUAUUUUCUUAAAGGUGGAUAUGUGGAUACGGCGGGCUUCUGAAAACUCCUCCUGUAUACUUUUUAUGUUGAGAUGAAGGGGGGUGGGGGGGGGGGGGCAUACAUACCAGUCCAAAGACUAGGAAAGUUCCCCUGUCUACUAAACUCAGUGUGAUGUACCAAAAAAAAAACGGAAAAAAAAAAUCUACAAAAUAUAUUCUUCUCAUAUUAAUGCCUGGCAGCAGAAAGCAGAGGGAGCUGGGAGGGGGAGGGAGGGAAGGAUGUUUAGUCAGUAUUUAUGAUGAUUUAUGAUAGUUUCUGGCGGGGGCGCCGAAUGACCUGUCUAUAAAUGCUGCGUUUCUUGGUGGAGUAUGGAAUGAAUGCCCGUCUCUGCUUCAUGGUGUAGACGUAGCUGUUCGUUUGUUUGUUUUGUUUGUUUGUUUGUUUUUUGUUUAAUAUGUGCCAGCAUCUCCAUAAGAAAUGGAAAUUUGGUAAUUUACCACCAAGAUAAUUAUUCAUUGCAUUCAUUAAAAAAUACAAAAAAAAGAAAACAUAAAAAAAAAAAACAAUGCAAAAGUAUUAGCAAAGCAAACUAGGCUUUGUGGGUUUUGGAUACACCUCACUGGAACACAAGUUGUGUGUUGUCUCCGGACAAAUCUAUUACACUACAAAUAUUGCAGCGGCAAUGGUGCCGCGUAGCCAGCGUGUUCCGUAGAUAUAGCAGGCAGACAAUAAAAUGCAGAUUGGAUACUGAGAGACUGUGAAUACCUGAGGGUAAUUAUUAUUAUUUUUCUUGUUUUGUUUUGUUUUUAUGUAAAAUAAGGAGGCACAGGUACAUAAUAUUGCAAACAUGUCUUCCUGGUGUUGGUGGAAUGUUGACCUCUCUGUGCACUGCCAUUGGAGCGCAUACACGUCCACAUGUCUCAUUGAGUACCGCAAAUGGAGCCUAGAUAGAUAGGACAGGCUCCCUUCAGAUUACACCCUAACCUAUCUUUUAUAGGCCUCUGUAUAACUCCUUGCCUCAGCUUAACCAUUGGGUACUCUUGUCCCCUCCCCCAAAAUGACAGGAAGAGAUGGUUUCUUUUUCUUAGGCGCCAAAGCUGUGGGUAGUGUGUGGUAUCUCAGGCCUGGAUACAUCAAGCAGUUUUCUUGGCCACAUACCUUAAAUAAAGGUAAAUCACUGCAUCAUUAAAAAAAGAAAAAUAAUAAACUCUGCGUGGGUGUCUUUAUCUAUCUAUAUAUGAUCAACAUUUUAAAAUUUAGGGCUAUACCACAAAAGUGGUAUGAAAUUUUUUUAUGGGUAAAUCUAAAACCCAUUGGGGCAGAUUUAAUCAAACUUUACUAUCUAUAAUAGUUAAACAAGGUAAUCUUAGGCUAGAGCGCUCCCCCUAGUGGUUGCAGGUAGACAUAAUUUUAUUUUCUCGGUCGCUCUUCAUUGGGGGACACCUAUACUGAUGGGUAUAUGCUCUUGCCGCUAGGAGGCGCUGACACUAAAAAAAAAAAGUCUGCUCCUCCCGGGCAGGAUAUACCCACCCACUGGAAGUGAGGUGAUCAGUUUUAGCUAGUGUCAGUAGGAGGCAACACACAGGUCUGGAGUUCUCAUGACCUGGUCUUUUUUUCUUGUUUAUAGUUAAUUUUUUUUCAUUCCUUUUUAUGUUCCAUUUUCAGAUGGGGGUUCAGGAGCAUGGCGCUACCUGUUCCCCUUUCUGCGAUGAAGGGGCACGGGACAUAGAGUAUGGACCAUUAACCCCUUCUCGCCAACAGCCAACGCCAGCGUAGUACCUUGGGUCCGGGUCCCCUCUUGCCCCUGCUCGCCCCACUAUGACAGCCUGGCAUGAUGCAGCGUGGCGUUAAGCUGGCUGAAGACUCCAUAAGGUGAGUAUGAGAGGACGUCUUCCUGGUAGGUGAGUAUUCCUUCUGUCAUCUCCUCCCCUUCCUUCCCUUCACAGGCUUUGCAUUCAUCCAUUGCAUCGACAGCAGGGGUGGUUGCACUUAACCCUGCGCUGCUCUCCACCGCCCGGCACUUACACUUUGCUAGCGGCCAUGAUGGUCGGGCAGGGAAACGGAAAAGGGCUCUGCCCCCAGUCCUCUCUCCUGCAGUGCGGAAACUAGUGCAGGGGGUUUCUUUUCCUCCUUCCCCCCGCUGCUUACUAUGUAAACCAGCAGCCAUGGGGACAUCUUCGGCAGUUGGGGACAUUCCUUUUUAUUCUUCCCCACUGUCUCCGACAGCCUCUCUUUGCUCCGGGGAACCUUUAGUGUGAGGGGGUUCCACGGAUGUAGCCUUCGGGGACAUCUAUUGGACAUGUGCAUUUCCCAUUGACAUCCAUGUUAAAAAAAAAAACAUGCGGUUGCAGUACGGUUUUUAAACCGGAGACAAAAAACGUGUUCAACCACGGUUUUGACUCUGGUUUAACAACCGUACUGCAACCGCAUACGUUUUUUUUAACAUGGACGUCAAUGGGAAAUGCACAUACAGUGCAAAUGUGGACGUCACUGGGAAAUGUAUACAGUUCCAUACGGGAAACCGUAUACGGUUUUUACUUUGCACAUCCGCAUCCCCACCCAACACCCCUCCCAUUAAAAAUGGACAAAAUUAUCAAAAACGUAUGUUGUUUUUUUUUAUAAAAAUGGACGGAACUGUAUGCACUUUUAAAAACAGUAUACAGUUUAAAAACGCAUACGGUUUACUUUUUCCCAUGCUGUUCCAUCCGUUUUUUUGCCAUACGGUUUUCUUUAGAAAAACUGAUUUGAAAACAGAAUGGCAAAAACGUGAUGUGAACCCAGCCUUACACCAGUCUAGCCGAUUCGGCAUCUACGUGGACGUGCUUUUCUAGUCUGUUCCCCCCCCCCCCCGCUGUUCUGGCACUGUGUCAGACUGUUCGUUUCUGCCCAGGUACUCGUGGCGUUCCCCUGGGACUUUGGUUUUGGAGCCUGCAGCUUUUCAAGUUCAGGUCAUCGAUCUUAUGCAUCAUGCCUUUCUAGAGCCAGUUUCCGUCUCUCUUCCUUUUUUUCCUGAGACUUUGGUCUUCACCUUGACUGUGCUCGCCUUCUGCUCAGACGUGUGCUGCUCUCCCUGGUAUUUUUCGCCUUGCUUUCUUGAAUCUGUUGAUUCUCUGACUGGGGUACUUUUGUCGGACCCCUUUCUAUUUUUGAUUUCCAGGUGGGCUGGCCCUCUGUCCAGUUCUGUGUUUCUGGGUGUCUGUUUUCUACCUCUUUCCAGGAUGAUUACGGCCAUCCUAGGCAGCCCUUUUUUGUCUCUUUAUAUUGGCCAUACGUUUAAGUCUCUUCAAUGGACGACCCCCUUCCUUGGAGUCCUAGUCCAUCUACUUGGACGGUAGGACCUUCCGGACACUCAGUUUCUGGGUCUCAGUUGCCUAACGGCCCGGGGUUCGUCUGUGGGCCUUACGGAUAAAUAGGGUUCAGUUUCUGGACUGUCUCCCUUUCUCUGGUGGUUGUUAUUCCCACCAUAGGGGACUGCUUUGGUACGUCCCAUCAGUAUAGGUGUCCCCCAAUGAAGAGUGACCAAGAAAAGGAGAUUUUUUUUUUUAAGUCACUAACCCAUUUCUUCAUUUUUGGUCCGGAUCCUCUUUUCCGGUUCUUGAGUUUUUUGUUCUCCGGGAUUCUUUUCUAGGGUCCUUUGGAAAUAUUUCUUUGUUGGCUUCUCCUACUGCUUUGUAAAAAAAACCUGAUUACCUCACUUCCAGUGGGCGGGUAUAUCCUGCCAGGGAGGAGCCGACUUUUUUUCCUAGUGGCAAGAACAUAUACCAAUCAGUAUAGGUGUCCCCCCAAUGAAGGCUAUGAGAGAGAUUUUAGGGUGAGUACAAAAAAAAUCUCCUUAUUUUUAUGCUGGUGCUACAUAGCAAUUUUGGCUGUGCAACCAAAAAUUGUGGGGAUCAUACUGUGUGGAUCGUUCUACGUUGCAACCGUUCAGAGUAUUUGCAAGAAAUCCAUUCUUGAUGCUUUUCUUAUGACUGUUGGGUCAAGUUGCGAUCCCAUUUACUUACCUAAAGUUUUGGGGGUUUUUUUGUCACAUGACUCAUGUUGCACCCAAAAUCACUGUGUAGCCCCAGCCCGACUCAAAAAAUGGAAUCGGAAAGGGACAUUGAGCUCUAUGAAACAAACGAGCUGCAUGGACCGCCAUAUAUAUAAAUUGUUAAUUCAGUCCAUACAUUACAUUGUGAAGAAGACAGUCUUUACUUGGGAAAUUGGUCCCAUUCUGAAUUUUUCUGUCCCUUAAUAUAUCAUCAAGGGUCUAAAAGUGAACAUGAUUGGAUAUUGCAAAUCCCAUUGAUUCCUGCAGACCGCAUGGCUCCACUAAAUCCUCUGUUGUGCCCCUCGCCCUCCUGCUGUUUUUGCAGACAAACUUUUUGAUCAUGUUGAUUUAUAGUGCUUCCCAGCCAUUGUGCCUCCAGCUGUUGCAAAACUACUACUCCCAGCAUGCUGGGAGUUAUAGUUUUGCAACCAAUGGAAGCACACUGGUGGGGAAACACUGGUCUACAUAGAUGUGAGCUGGACCCCUAAAUCUAGGAUAUUUUUAUACAGACAUUGUAUAAUUUCACCUUUUAUUCUUUAUUUUUUUGUGCCCUUUAACUUGCAGCCAUAAGCCAGGACACUACUAUAUAGGCUGACGAGAGAUGUGCACCAUUUCGAUCCGUCAUUUCACCAUUUCGAUCCGUCGUCAUGCUUCUACUUGGUAGCUAGGGUUCGGCCAAAGGUAGCUGCAGGCGCAUUAACUGCGUAUUUAGGUUUGCUUUUUGCUUCUCAGUCAUCCGUCCUAUAAGGCAACUUAAGUCCCCUCUAUUAGAACUCCCCACCAGGAAUAGAUGCAGUGAGCACGGUCCAAAGUGCCUUAUUGCAUUAACCCUAUGAUAGCGGGGUUUCUCUGUGCAUGCGUAGAUAAUAACAUGGAUCAUUUGUGUAAUAUCGUGCAUCGUCUCCGCACCAUGCCCAGUGCUUCUAGCAAAAUAGUGGAGGCUUUACUUGAACACUGCUUGCAUUUUAUUCUUUAUUUUUUUGACAACUCCAGCCAAAAUUAAUUUAUGCCCUAUCAACAGGAUAGAGGAUAGGUUUGAGAUCACGGAGGGUUAGACCUCUUGGACCCUGUUCUCCAGAACGUGUGGUCUACCGGUAGAUGGCAUGCGCUCCAUUCAUUUCUGUAGUAGUGCCAGUGAGAGCUGUACUUGGGUCUUUUCGGCACUCCCAUAGAAAUGAAUGAAGAAGGUGCUGUCUGCAGCAUGCGCUACUCACUGAGAGUCGGGUCCCGUACCAGAGAUCCUGUGGAUAAGUUAGUUUUGACUGGAGUUUUCCUUUAAGUAGCCGGUGGUCGAUGUCACAGGAGAUGUAAAUGUGCACACAAUUGUUACAUAAAAGGCAAAACAAAUGCAUGAGGUAUCCGUGUCAGAACACAAAAGGGGAAAAAACCUUAAUUUAUUAGAUUGCAAUAUUUAUAUAGUCUCAAGACUAAGCAGGGGUGGGGCUCAUAAUCUCCAUUGCAGACUUAAAGGGGUACUCCUGUGGAAAACAUAUCUAUAUUUUUUUUUUAGGUCUUUUUAAGUCAACGGGCUCCAGAAAGUUAAACAGAUUUGUAAAUUACUUCUAUUAAAUAUUUUUAAUCAUUUUAGUACUUAUUACUACAGAGGAAAUUCUUUUCUUUUUUGGAUUACUUUUCUGUCUGACCACAGUGCUCUCUGCUGACACCUGUAUCAGGAACUGUCCAGAGUAGGAACCAUUCCCCAUAGCAAACCUCUCCUGCUCUGGACAGUUCCUGACACGGACAGAGGUGUCAGCAGAGAGCACUGUGGUCAGGCAGAAAGCCAUCUGUGGGGGUCCUAGUGUUUAUUUUGGCAGCAUAAAAUAAAGCCUUGCAUAAUAAGAAAAGGAAUCAUAACAUAUAAACAACAACACGUCUGCCGGAGGCUGUCAGGGCAUGAUGGGAGUAGUAGUUUUGCAUCAGCUGGAGGGCUGCAGUAUGGGGAAAUGCUGAUUUAUUUAUUUAUUUUUUUUUAGCAGAAUAUUCCCUAAUAUGAGAUUUUAUUUUAUUGUUUUAAUAAGAAUAUAAGGGCCCAUUCACACUAUGAAAUCCAUUAACUCUACAACCGUAUGGGCAUGCGCUGUGGCCUCAAUGCAGUAGCCACGGAGUUCCACCAAAAGAGUUAAUUCUCUUCUUUGGCUGUCCAGACAUGCUGGAAGUUGUAAUUUAGGAAUAUGAAUUUAGGUGGCUGAAUUCUCCUCAUUGAAGACAAUGGGAGGUUGCUGCGCUGGAUUUCCAUAGUAUAAAUUGGGCCCUAAAUGUCUGAUGUAUAUGUAUGGCAUCUUUUAAAACCAUAUCAUGGGGUAAUCCUCCCCUACGCAGAUCUAAGGGACCAUAGCGGUUUCUGGUGGUAGCUCGGUGUCUCACUAUGGCCGUAUAACGAUCUAAGUUUUAGGCAGGACAUAAAUGACAUGUCGGCUCUUAGUUGUAGCUUCUCCUUAAUGCAGUGUUAAAGGGGCAAUUCUCCUUCUGUCCUAUGAAAGUCUCCUUCCCAGUUAUAAACGUUAAGGGCUCUUUAUGGAUCAAUUUAAUUUUUAUUUUAUUUUUUUCUUCUUGUCACCAAGCGUGAGUUCCCCCCCCCCCCCCUUGCAUUUAAGACCUAGAACCAAGCAGUGCCCAAGGGUAUACGUGCCCCAUUCUACAUGUGAACAGUAUGUCUAACCUCAGUAUCUCCCCCCCCCCCCCAUAUUUCGCUUCAACCUUGUUUACAUCACAGUAGCCCCCCACCCUUUUUUUUUUUAUCCCUUUGUUCUCAGCCUAGAAGCAAUAGUCAUUAAUAAUACAGAAAACUUCCAGAUAGUGUCUGGUAUACGUAUACUCACACUCUGCUCUGUGAGGAAAACACUCACAUCUCUUGUGCUGCAUUUUAGGGUUAAAAAAAAAACAAUAAUAAAAAAAGAAAAAAAAAUCCGUCAAAUGUCAAUAUCAUAAUGAAAAAAAUAUUGUAACAUACCUUUUUUCUAUAGAAAGAAAAUGUAUAAUUAAGUUUUCGUAUGACAUUGAGAGGCGUUCCUUAUCUAUUGUAACGGGAACUUUUUUUCAUUUUUUUUUUCUUUUUUGUUUCCUUUUUUUAUUUUGUUUUUUAAAAUAUGCAUUAUAUUUUUUUUCCAAGCCCGAUGGUAGUGAACUGCAAAUACUCUGCCUUCUCUGUAAAAUUGGAAGUCUGUGUUUUCAGUUUUGGUAAAACUGUGCUUAGAGUUUAGGGAACUGGUAAGG